AUGGCCGCAACUAAAGCGGAGCUGUUGCUCUCGGCCCUGCAGAUAUCCGAACCCCUCGCCGGCUUUCCGCCUGUCGUGUCGCCGCUGGACGGCUACCCGAAGCUGGAGGAGCUGCAGAUGCUUCUGCAGAACGCCGCCGAGGGUGGAGCUCUGCUGAGCGGUGAAACCGGAGACUACGGAGACCUCCUGUCAGAACUGGCUGACCUGCAAAGCCUUCCCCCACUGACGCCCCGGAUCCCCCCUCUGGCGUACAGCGGCCGCUUCACCUUCGAGCAGUCUUCGGCAUCCGGAGGGGGCGGCAGCCUGUGGCCGGAGCCCCUCCUCAGCCUCUUGGGCGGUUUGGUCAGUGUGGCAGCUCCUUCUUCAUCGUCAGUGACGUCCACCCCAAGCUUCAGCUGUGUCCCCGCUGACACGGGCCUCCCUGUGGCGCCGACCUUCACCUCUAACCUCGACACCCAGCCAUCCUUCCUGUCGCAGGGUCCACCUCCAGCCUACCCUGCGUCCAAGUCUGUGCUCCCGGACUACGUCCUGCCUCAGUCGCAGGAUGCCGAGCCACACCUAAACAGGGACAGAAAUCCCCCGCACCCGCCGCUAACCCCCCUCUCCACCAUCAAGGCCUUCUCCUCCUCGCACGUACCAAACCAGCCACUCGAUACCCCCGCCUGCCAGCUCCCCAAGCUGUCCAGGAGAAAGUCACAAGGCAAAGGCUCCCAGGAGCGUCCUUACACGUGUCCGGCAGAGGGCUGCGACCGCCGCUUUUCGCGCUCGGACGAGCUGACCCGCCAUGUGCGUGUGCACACGGGCCAAAAACCCUUCCAGUGUCGGAUCUGCAUGCGCAGCUUCAGCCGCAGCGACCACCUGACCACUCACAUCCGUACCCACACGGGCGAGAAGCCCUUUGCCUGCAGCGAAUGUGGUCGCAAAUUUGCCCGUAGUGACGAACGCAAACGGCACACCAAGAUCCACCAGCGGCACCGGGACCACAACGCUAACCGUGUCCCUCCGCCAGUCACCGCCACGCCUCCCGCCACUUCCUCGGCUUGCUCCUCCUCUUACUCCUCACCUGCUCACGGCUCCCCCUCGCCCACGCCUUCCAUCUUUACCCCUUCCUCCUUCCCAAGUUUCCCCAACCUCAGCCGCUCUUCGUCCCCUCAGUCGGAGCGGCCUUUGCUAACAUGA